AGCGUAUGGCCCUUCGACGCAGCUGCCAGCCGCAAAGGUGCGAGAUCUGCUGCCAUGUCGUCGUACAAACACCCCAGAUCGAGCAAAUUGGAAGCAUUUCGGGUAGUCAUUUAACCAGUUAUUUACGCGUACAUUUGCAUCCUAUAGCUGAAUGCCUCUCCAGACAAUACAUCCAGACAUUACCUAUCUCCGUCUACGUGUCCAUUUUCCGUCCUUCAUUGUCGCCUGCUGAAAGCGUCCGUCUUCCCAACCGCAUCGUGCGUAUCCCGUCGUUUCGCCUCCAGCCUAUUUCCAUCGACCUCCGGCAUAAGCGCUGAUCGAGCGGUUGGGGGCUGAAUAGCUCUUUGUCCUCAAGGGUUCGAGACCUGUCUUGAAUCGCCAACUUCGGGAGCCGCAUGCGCCCUAUGAAGCAGUGAUCGAGCUUUCUCAGCGACCGAGUUUAACUGCUUACUCCCGCCCGUUCGACGAGCUUCAACAUUCCCGUCUCAGGUCCUCCAUUUUGUCCAUCUGAGCGGGGGAGUGCCUCUACGAACCGUCGUCACCAUGUCAGGCAAGAAGUCACACAAGCCAGCAAGGCCACACCGAUCGACCCUAGCAAUUCCAAAGACCGAGAUCCUCAUCAACGUCUACGAUCUCCUGCCGCCCGGCCGCAUCUCCUCGACCCUCUGGUUCCUCGGAACCUCCCUUCUCCAUUCCGGCGUCGUCAUCAACGGCCGCGAAUACGCCUACGGUGGCCACACACACCGAGGCAAGACGGGAGUCUACUGGACGGCGCCCCGCACCGAGCCGCCAGGGGGCACCUUUCGGUGCGAGCUAUUGCACGGCUUCACGCUCGCGACGCCGGCCGAGAUCGACGCCAUCAUCCGCGAAGCGUCCGAAGAGUUUCUCGGGACCGCCUACAACCUGUUGACGAAAAACUGCAACCACUUUACGUCGCACCUGUGUCAGAAGCUGACGGGGCUGCCCGGGCCGGCAUGGCUGAAUCGUGCCGCCAGCAUCGGCGUGGCUCUGCCGUGCAUGGUGCCCAAGGAUUGGAUCGAGGUUCCCGAGUAUGAUACUGCGGACGGCGAGCUAGUUGAUGACGUGGAUCAUGGCGGUAAUGGGCGCGGAAACGGUGGACUACAUGGGAACAGUGGUGGGCGGGACAAAAGAGAGGAGAGGAGGGCAGCGAGAGAGGAAAGGAAAAGAGCUGCGAGGGAGGAAGAUGAAGAGGAGCUGCUGGCGGACGAGCGGUCGAGGAUGUUGAGUAGUUCGGGGGAGUCGCCUACGCUUGUUGAUCUGGGAAGGGAAAGAGACCGCGAACGGGCAUCGACGACAUAUAAUAUCGGUAAUGGUAAUGAGAGGGAGGGUGAGGGGCAAUAUCGAGAUGAUGAAGGGGGGGCCGAAAGUGGGAAGGGUAAGGGGAAGGCGGCGGCGGUGGCUACGAGAGAUUCUGCUGGCAGAACGCUACCGCCUGCGGAGAGGGCACCGACUUCUUCUUAAGAUCGAGCUGCUUGGAUGAGAUCCCUAUUUCUUAUUAGGGGCCAGGUUUGCUUUUUUCAUUUUGCAUGGCAUCGCUGGGAGUUAUGGCUCUGUAUUUUUAUGUCUGGGUUUUGUUUGUCCUUGGGAGGUUAGCUACGCGCUUGAUCAGCUUCUCUUUUCCUAUGAUACCAAUGGCGCAUCGUUGCAUUUCAUUCUUCUCAUGGCUGGUCAAUUCACUGGACAACAAUAGCCAGUAUUGACGGGUCUGUUUUCCUGCUCGAGCUCUCUCCUUUGUUCUAUGCGUUGAGUUACUUUUUGCCUACUACUUGUUCUCUACUUCGGCGACUGGACGAGGGGUCGUAAGGACAUACCGAACAGGUCCAAUAUAAUACACUUUUCCAAUGACACUCUUGCAUUUCGAGC